AUGGCCUGCGAGGCCCUGCGGCGCAGCGCGGGCCACUGCGAGGCCUUCUGCGGGCAGUACGCCGGGGACGACGGCUUCCUUAUGUACCUCGUUGAGCAGGCCCCUUGUCUGAAGAGCCUUCGCCUUAUUUCCUGCAACCUUGUCUCAAAUGAAGGACUUACGGAGGCUGUGAAAGGGCUCCCUCUGCUUGAGGAGCUCGAGCUCUCGCUAUGA